UCCACCACACCCACCCACACAGGUAGGGCCUUGGGGUGCGGGUGUGUCACCAGGGUGCAGGGGAGGCAUUCCCCCCCCCCCUCUGUCCCCUUCUGGCCACCUGUGCCUCAAUUUUAUUCCACAACUUAGACAUCCACAUUCCUCACACUCUCAUAACACACACAUAUAUAUAGGGCCUUGAGGGUGACCACGUUAACGGCGUCCAGUGGACGGUCUGUAUAUUCAACCUUACCUCUGGCACCGGUGCCCACCUCUCAAUUUUAAAUCCAUGUAGACAUUGAGGGUUCUCGGGAGGGGCCGUGCUAACACCUGCUGCUCUCCGGCAGCAGCACCAUGCCCUCCCUUGUUUUAAAUGCACUUUAGAACAACACGCAGCAACACUACACAUGAGCGGGAGGAGGGAGGUAUGGGGUCUUCACACACCCCCGUUCUCUACUAGCCAUCGGGGCGGGGGGCUGGGAGGAGGUGUUGGCUGUCCGAUGGGCCUCCCUGCUGCCGCGGAGCCUGGGGCGGUCUGCUUGCCUCCACCCCGGGGGAAAGGGUCACAUCUCUUGGGUCUGGGUGCCGUUUCCCCCUCUGGGGGUGAGGGUACCUGGACCCGGGGUAUAGAGUAUGUUUGGGGAGUGUGAUUGUGUGUACAUGUCCAUGUAUGUCUAUUACUAAGUUGGGUGAGUGCUGAGUGUUUGUAUAUGUGUGGAUGAGGGUGGGAAUGCAUGUUUGUGUCUGUGUGUGCCUGUUUGUCUGUGUCUAUAUGUCAGGUCGGGUCUUAGACUCCACCUCUCUGGGAACACCCAGGCCCUCCAAAGUGUGGAGGUCUAUCUCCCCUCACCACACUCCCUGCCGGUAACUGAUGCACUCAGGGGUUGGUGCAUUGGUGGUUCUUGGUGUCCGGGGCUGGGCGCUCAGGUAUGCACCAGCUCACUCCCGGUGGCUACUUGGCGGGGCCUGGUGCCUGUCGCUCGGUCAGGCCUCUUCCGGGGCAAAGGGGACCCCCCGGGCCUCCGGCCUCGGGGUCUGCGGCUCAGUUCACUCUGGCACAGCUGGCUGCCGGCAGAGCCGGCGGGCACGCCAGUGCAGCCCCCUCUGGCUUCUGCUCCGUGGCUACUGGGUGACCCCUCGUCUGGGGAUCUCCUCAGCCCUUCCCAGGAGGGUGGCACGGAUGCCCCUCCGGUGGUCCACCUUGGGCUCUCGCACUCUGGGGCCUCUGGAUGUCUGAAGCCUGGAUCUUCUCCAUGCCUGCUUCAUGCCCUGGGGGACGGGGCUAUGGCCCCCCACACCCUCUAGCAGACCGUUACAUAGAGAAACCUUUUGAAUACAAGCGCGCUGAUCCACACAGGUGUGCACACGGAUGUUCACUGUUCGUAGACAUAAACUACACCUUUCUUAGCUGCUACUUCAAAGCACAUUGUGCGCCGUCUGUCCUGCGUGCUGCACAACAACAUUCAAUAUUUAGUAUUUACUGCUGUUCACACUUAGCUAGAUUAACGGGAUGGUGUUGUGUUUAGUAUGUUGCUUUGUUUUUUUUUUUGCUUGUUUUCUCUUCUUUUUCUCUCAACAGGUGAUCCAGGAGAUUUUUUUUUCUUUUUCUCCUUGUCUUUAUUCCGGUACUAUCAGAACGUCUGCACCUUUAGUUAUUCCUCCGUGUGGUGGGACUGGCCGAGAUGGGAGAGAGAGAUUGAUUGGAUGGCACUGAAUGGGAUCAAUCUGCCGCUGGCUUUCACUGGCCAAGAAGCCCUGUGGCAGGAGGUUUACCGUGCUCUCGGGUUAAACCAGUCAGAGAUAGAAGAGUUCUUCUCCGGUCCGGCGUUCCUUGCCUGGAACCGUAUGGCAAACUUGUUCAAGUUUGGUGGACCUCUGCCGCAGUCCUGGCACGUGAACCAGCUCUACCUUCAAUUUAAGAUUUUAGAGCGGAUGAGAUCCUUUGGCAUGAUCCCUGUGCUGCCGGCCUUCUCUGGAAACAUUCCCAAGGGAAUCCUCAGAGUUAGUAUUGCUGCUGCUUGCUUGUGUUUCAGGCUGUAUCCAGAGGCCAGAGUAACCAGACUGGGGCCAUGGUCUCAUUUCAACUGCAGCUACUCAUGUUCGCUUGUCUUAGACCCACAAGACCCCCUUUUCCACCACAUUGGUUCCCUGUAUCUGUCCCAAGUGCUGAAGCAAUUUGGGACGGAUCACAUUUACAGCACUGACACCUUCAAUGAAAUGACUCCACCCUCCCCUGACCCCGCCUACCUGUCUGCAGUCAGUCGCUCGGUCUUUGCCUCAAUGACAGCAGUUGAUCCCCAGGCAGUCUGGCUGAUGCAAGGUUGGCUGUUCUUCAGCGAUGCAGCGUUCUGGAAACCAGCCCAGAUUCAGGCCCUACUACACGGAGUGCCCCUUGGACGGAUGAUUGUGCUGGACCUGUUUGCAGAGACCGAGCCAAUCUUCUCCUACACAGAGUCUUUCUAUGGGCAGCCCUUCAUUUGGUGUAUGUUGCAGAACUUUGGGGGCAACAGUGGGCUGUUUGGUACGGUUGAGAGCAUCAAUUCAGGCCCUUUUAAAGCCUUGCAUUUCCCAAACUCCACCUUAGUAGGCAUAGGCAUGACACCAGAAGGCAUUGAGCAGAAUCCUGUGACGUAUGAACUGAUGAGUGAGCUGGCUUGGCGCAAGGAGCCAGUCAACUUGGCCAAGUGGGUGUCGCUCUAUGCCAUACGUCGCUAUGGCAAUACACAAGAGAGCCUGACUACUGCGUGGAGGCUCUUAUUUGCCAGCAUUUACAACUGCACUGACCCACACUACCGAAACCACAACCACAGCCCACUGGUCCGCAGACCAUCCUUUCACAUGAACACUGGGCUUUGGUAUGACCCCGCUGACUUGUACAAAGCUUGGAAACUCAUCAUGGAUGCAGCUCCUUCUCUUAUGUCCAAAGAGACAUUCAGGUAUGAUCUUGUGGAUGUGACACGGGAGGUGCUACAAGUACUGACUACGUCCUUUUAUCGAGAUAUUGCAGAUGCUUUCAAGAAGCAAAACUUGUCAGAGUUGCUGACUGCAGGUGGUGUGCUAGUCUAUGACCUCUUGCCGGAGCUCAAUCGAUUGCUGAGUAGCAACCGAAACUUCCUGUUGGGGACGUGGCUGGAGCGAGCUCGGUCCCUCGCCGUGGAUGACAAGGAGGCGCAGCUCUAUGACAUGAAUGCCAGAAACCAGAUCACUCUCUGGGGUCCCAGUGGUGAGAUCCUGGACUAUGCCAGCAAGGAGUGGGGGGGGCUCAUGGAGGACUACUAUGCCCAGCGAUGGGGCCUGUUUGUCCAAACGUUGGUGGAAUGCCUGAACAGCGGACAACCCUUCAAGCAGGCUGCCUUCAACCAGGCGGUAUUCCAAAUAGAAAAAGGAUUCAUUUACAACGGCAGAAAGUACCCGACCAAACCUCAGGGAGACACGUACGAGAUUGCUUAUAGGAUCUUCCUCAAGUACUUUCCACAGGCCCUAAACAGACUAUAGUGAGCAGAGAGUACAUUUUUGAAAAACUUGCAAGUAACAGCUUGAAGAAUGUGUUUGUCCACUUUCUGUUGUCCUCGGCCGUCCCUGAACAAACUGCUUGGGCUUACAGGAACAAUCUGUUUUUUGCACACUUACUGAAAUCAGCAACAGGUGGUUUUGUCUGUUCUUGGAAGAUUAUUUUCACUUUAUGCUCAGACUGAUCACAUUCCCAAUAAUGCUCCAUAUCAGAGGAGGAAGAAUCAAAUCUCUGCUCGACUGUUUGAGGUGUUCUACAAACUCUGCUGGUACUGUUUUAGACUGAACUGAUCGUAAGGAAAAUGUUUCGCAUGUUAAGAAAUGCACAUAUUCACCAUUUCAGAUUAAUACGAGAAGACUGAUCGGAAUCUCCAAUCUGCGCUUCAAUUGUAGAAAGUCUGGAUCUGUCCAAUCCAGUCUGCAUGCAUAAAGGCGGCUUACAAACCUGCUGUGUACCUGAAAUGCGCACUUCAGUGUCCCGCUACUGUUAGUGGGGAAAUCUAGCAAGGAAGUAGAAGCACAUUUAACACACAAAAUAAUGUGUAGUUAUAGUUUCAACUAUAAAGCAGACACGAGUCUGAUCUCCAUCUUUAGUCGCACAGAAAGCAAAUCUGAAUAUUGGACAUGUUAAACUUUAAGUGUGCAGUUCUGGUAAACUCAAGGAAAUGUUCGACCUUCUAGAAAACUGUACUUAUGAAUAAUGUGCUGUUUUUAGAAAUUGACUCUGUUAUGCAUUAGUCUGAAGUUAAUUUGGAUAUUGUGAUUUUUUUUUUCCUUGUUGUUUUUUCUAAACGAAAUGAGAGACGGGAAUAUGUUUUAUAGAACUGACAUUAAGUAGAGGCAGAACAAGAAGGCCGGCGUCCUGCUCAUCAAACUGUUUGGGUGCUUCUGACACUGUUUAACAACCACCUCCUGUAUUUAGAGCUCCUGCUAACAUGUUCAGUUAAACGUAGUGUUAAUCCACAAAGGUCUUCCAAACAGAUGAAUUUGUAUUUAGCAAUGAACGAUAAAGCUGACAAGCUCGUGUAUUCUUGUC